CUACAUCUUGGAUGCCCUGGGGGUAAAUCAAAUUUUUAUUUUUGGGUGAACUAUCCCUUUAAAGCCAUUCCUCGCAAAUUUGUCUCAAAGGAAUGAUUAAUUCUUAAUUUAGACAAACUGCAUUCCGCAUGCCUUCCAUACGGAACGCUUCAUUGAUGCCUUAAAUACGGGACGAUUCUGUAAUAUACAGAACGGUUGCCAACCCUAUUUCCAUGUAGUUGCUAAGAUCUUCAGAGUGGUUUGUAAUCUAUGUGGUAGCAAAAUGUUUAGCGUGAAACACUUUAAAAUUUAAUACCUAAAACAAGCAUUCUAAAACAACUUUCCUCUUUCACCCCGUCAGGUCUGCGUUCUCACUCCAUGUCGUUUUCUCUGCUGUUCAAAUGUGACUAGUCAGCUCCACACGUGCCCUUAUAUCACUGUAGUCACGGGGGUGAAAGGUCAGUCCUGAAGGCAUCAUUUGUUCAGAACACAUGUCAUUCCUCUGCUUAAUUUAGCUUGUGCACUUUCAUUGGGCUGGAAACCUGUUGAGACAACUGUUGGAGGCCCGGAACAAAGACGUGAGGAGAAAGUCUGAAGAGCUUCACUUGAGAUCAGACGGCGACGCGAGCACAACACCAGCGUUUAUCUUCACUGCAGAUCUUUUCAGCGCUCAUCAGAAGCUUAUUUAUGCUCAGAAUUUACUGAAACCAAGAGUCUUCUCUCAUCUCUGGAAUGCGAAGAUUUGGAAAACAUGCCGAUUUGCUAUUUUUAAAUAUUUACAGUACGUUUCGAAGGUAAGCGCUUCUGUCUGCCCGCGAGGGUCACCCAGGGGUCUCCUUCCGUCUCCGCCGUCCCGCUCUUAUCGCCAGGCUCCUCUGUUCUCAGUCAGAGAGGAAGUUUUGACAGCCAGACUUUACAACCUCCCGCCUGCGCUUUGCACAUGCUCUGACAGAAGUCCAGUGACUUCAUCCCUCAUUCACGAAAGCUUCCCCUCCUCCUUCCCUCUCUCUCUCUCUCUCUCUCUCUCUUUGCAGUCAGGCAGCAUGCCAGCCGUUUUCCUCUUGCUGCGCUCUCUGGUUGUCAGUCUCUUCAGUAGCAGAUUAGCAGCCUCAGCCGCGCAGCUCCUCCGCAGAAGCCUCACGGCGGCUGCUGGCCACCUCGGCACCGUGCUGCGCCACAUCUGGGACCGGCUCAGUUCCCAGGAGUCCAAGGAGGCCAUCCUGGGCUGCGUCUUGUGCAUUCUCAACAUGCACAAGAAGGUGGACAACUAG